AUGCAGUGGCUGGCCGACGAGAGAGGGAAACCCGAGAGCGAGCGCGAUCCCGACCUAGCCACGAUGACCCUCGAUGACUACAGGAAAUUCAAAGCGCGGGAAACGGAGAGGAUCGCGGAGGCGGUCGGGGUAGACGAGCUGGUCCAGCUUGGCUGGACGGACCACGAGAUCUACUUCGAUCUCGACAAGGUGCACGAGCUGGCGGACAUUAUCAGGAGGGUCGAGCCGGACAUCAUCAUAACUCGGUAUCCGAAAGACGAAGGGGCGACAUUCAACGACCAUCCCAUGACCGGCCGCAUCGUGAUGAAGGCCCUGGAGGUGGUGACCAACCGCGUGCGCGAGUUCGACGGCGUAGACGCCUAUCACGGCGUCAAGCAGGUGUUCUUUUCGGUCUCAGCCGGCAGAGAACUCAACUCGAACGACCAAUUGGCGCAAGGGCUUGUACCCGACGUAUGGGUGGACACGACCCCGGUAAUACAUAAGAAGAUCGCGGCGAUCGACCAACUGGUCAGCCAGGGCUACCAAGGAGAUACGGCACGCUGGAUAGUCGAGGCGCGCGACGGGCGUUGGGGAAUGAUCGCCGGCUGCGCCUACGCGGAGCCCUUCCUAAGACCGUCGGCGAUCACCUACGACAGUCUGCCCAUGCCGCCCAGGGUGGCGAGUAAAACAUAUCGGCCCACGGUGCUCCACGACGCUCGCGGUACGGCCCGUGACCUUCCGUCGGCAACUCCGCCGGAGGCGUACCGUCUGAAGCCAUAG